AUGAGCCCGCCGCCGGGUUGGGAGCGCUGUCACAGCGCGGAGAACGCGACCCGGAGCCCAGAGUGCUUCUGAGCGCAGCAGUUGAGUCACCAGCAAGACUGGCCUGAGGUGAGCUCGGCACAUCCGCGUUCGGGCUCGGGGACACGCCUUCUUCUCACACAAACCUUCCAGGCCGGAGUCGCUGCGGACUCCAAGGGGGUGGUGCUACCAGCCCUGCCACUUGCAGCCCUGACGGCCGGCCGGGGGCUGGGGACCGACCCGAGCAGCCACAGGUUGGAAAACUAAGGAGCCGUCCCCAUGCUUGUCGCCCGGUGAGGCGGAUCCCGCGCGGCCGUUCCCGGGCUGGGGAAGGGGGAGACGGAGAAAGCUCCCUGAAACCUGACGCCCGGCCCUGUCGGCGAGGAAACUUCGCAGGCUGGCCCACCAAGACCAUCACUAUGACCGAUGGGGACUAUGAUUAUCUGAUCAAACUCCUGGCCCUCGGAGACUCAGGAGUGGGGAAGACGACAUUUCUUUAUAGAUACACAGACAAUAAAUUCAAUCCCAAAUUCAUCACUACAGUAGGAAUAGACUUUCGGGAAAAACGCGUGGUUUAUAAUACUCAAGGACCAAAUGAAUCUUCGGGGAAAGCGUUUAAGGUGCAUCUUCAGCUUUGGGACACUGCGGGACAAGAGCGGUUCCGGAGCCUCACCACUGCAUUUUUCAGAGAUGCCAUGGGCUUCUUGUUAAUGUUUGACCUCACCAGUCAACAGAGCUUCUUAAAUGUCAGAAACUGGAUGAGCCAACUGCAAGCAAAUGCUUAUUGUGAAAAUCCAGAUAUAGUAUUAAUUGGCAACAAGGCUGACCUGCCGGACCAGAGGGAAGUCAAUGAACGGCAAGCCCGGGAACUGGCUGACAAAUACAGCAUACCAUAUUUUGAAACAAGUGCAGCAACUGGACAGAAUGUGGAGAAAGCUGUAGAGACCCUUCUAGACUUAAUCAUGAAGCGAAUGGAACAGUGUGUGGAGAAGACGCAAGUCCCCGACACUGUCAAUGGUGGAAGCUCUGGAAAGCUGGAUGGGGAGAAGCCAGCAGAGAAGAAAUGUGCCUGCUAGACUCUCCAUAGGAACUGAUCAUCAACCACCCACCCAUAUUGCUUUCAAAAACAAUGGCAAACCACAAGAUUGUUGUUGAGUAGACCAUGUGCAAUGGCAUGUCCUUCUUUUUCUGGCAGAAAAUCUAUUUUAAGAAACCAGAAUAGUCAACAGAGUUCAAAGAAUUGACCAGUUAUCUCUGAGACCCUUCCAAACAAAAUCAAAGAUUUCUUAAUGUGAUUUCAUCAUUAAGAUCACGGAUGCUUGAUUUGUUUUUCUUAUAAAGAAGAUGAGUCUCUAAGACAGUACACAAGAAGAAAUAUCAGUGAGUUUUAAAUCAGAACAUAAAUUACCUUGUUACAUUGGAGAAAGGGAUAGGUUACUAAAGGGAAAACACAGAAAGAUGAUUUUUUUGAAAGAUCUGAGUCCUUAUGCAGAAUCUGGUUCAUACAUUUAUAUUUGCAUUGGUGAAAACAUAUUAUCUAAAAAUGGAUAUAUGGUAAAAAGUUCUCUGUGGUUCAUUAAUAUGACAUUACUAUGUACACCCAAUAAGUUUUACUGAAAUGACUAAAUUAAUGAUAAGGUUAUGAUUGGAUGAAGGUCAAACCUCUGCUAAAAAGUAGCCAAUUAUGCCAUAAUGCCAUUUUGAUAUUCUUAAGAAAGAGCACAGAGACAAGAACAGGACUGUGAAUGACAAAGUACAAGAGAAAUGCCCUAGAGAAAAAAAUGAAAGUAUGGGAACAUGGCAUUUGGAAAGCUGAAAUUAAAUAUAUCUGUUACAGAUGUCUGGAAGACUUACUUAGCCAAAUUUUACUCAAGCCAAUUAGAAGUUGACAUUAUCAGUUGGAAUUAAGAAAAUCUCCAGAGGUUUUCAUUUCAAACAAAAGUUUAGAAAUUCGUUUGGUGUUCAACUUCAUGUUUCAUUUUUCUUAGAAAAUGAUAAAAUAAUCACAAUGAAAAAUUAACAGUUGCUAUUUAAAUAUCUCUUUAAGAAAUUCAGUCAAGGAAACUAGCCUUAAAAAUUUUUAAGAUAAAGUAUGCUGGUGAUAUGAAACAAAGAGUGACUAUUAAUUGUGGGUUUCCUUUUAGUUCACAAAAGCACUGGAAACCCAAAUCACACGCCUUCCCUCCAAACCUCACCCACCCCUGGCUUUAAAUCAAUUGUAGACAUGCAGAUGUAUCACUACAUAGAUGAAGAACUUCAGAAUAAGAUGGAUCAAUUAUAUGGUCACUCUGAAUGUUCAUGUCAUUAAUCACAUAAAAAUUGAUGAUACCUCA